CACAAACUGAACGCAACGUCUCACCUUCCUUGCAGCCAAUGGUGUUCCCUAAACCCCCCCUGUGGAGAAUUAUCAAAACCGUAGACCAGAAUCCUGGCGCUGGAGCCACUCCCAGUACUGCAGUUGAUUUACAAACUAAGGCUGUGAACAUUGCCUGCCGCUUAGGAAAUUUGUCCUCCUUCAUUCCAGCAACAAAGGAGCUCCUCGCUUGCAAAUUACUCUCUCCUAAUGAAUUCAAGAGAAAUUGCAAGAAGAUCAUCGCCUUAAUCGAGGUCGCUCGAAGGACCCUAAUUUCGGCUGGCGUUCAAGUCUAUGCCUUUAGUUACUGUUCUGAGCCACUUGCUCCGUGCAAAAGGGCGUACAUUGAUCUCUUAAACAUGUUGCAAGAGAAUCGCCACAACGUCGACGCCGCGCUGAAUGCACGUAUGCAAAGCCUCCUCGUGCCGCUUUCCCCGUCAUUCAUAAUUCAUAAAAGUGGAAUCCCAUCCUCCGUGGUCCCGCCUAAAAGCCGCGCAGAUCAGAGGAAAGCACCUGCCACAGCAUGGGGGCCAUUUCCCUAUACGCCUUCAACUGCCGCAACCACAGGGCCCUCCCUCAUGCCUCCUCCUGACGCUUUUCCAAGUGUUCCAGACAAAGAUAGGCAAUAUUCCAAUUCCUUCCGGAUCCAACGAAAAUCGAGCAGGCCACGACUGUGGACCGCGGAAGAAAUCCCCAUACCCGCUGAGAAACCCGAGAAACGUCGGCGCUCCAGAAGUCCCUGUAAACGCCAAACGGAUGUGGACCAAGAAAAUGUUAUUCCACAAUCGCAUCCGCGAAUAUACCGGCCUAUGCCACGCCGUUUUGGUAUUUUCUGCACGGGCAAAAGUUCCAUGCAUGGUCCGAACCCAGCUGAACGUAUGGGGCGCCCGACGAAUGUGCGGCCACUUAUUAGAGAAUGACACUGAGAACAACUGUUUUCUCCCUCCUUAUUGUAUUACUAGAUGCGGGGAUACGGAUUGUACGGAGACGAAGACAAAGUCUAUCUAUC